AAGGAGGCUGCAGUUCUCCGGGAGCAUCCCCCACCCAGGCCCAGAGCCCUUCAUCUCGCCCACUGCUUCGCUGGGGGCGCCUGCCUCUCUGGUGAGCUGGCUCCCGGCCCGGCUCCGCCCCCGCCCCAGUGCUCUCCGGCAGCUUAACCCUCGCCUGCCCGCCUCCUGCCGCAGCCGCCCAGCCCCUCCAGCCGCUGCGGGCGGGCUCUGGCCCUCCUCCUCCCCCACUUGGCGGGGACGCGCGGCGCCGGGAGCUGACCGUGGUGCUGAGCUCCGUGAGCGGCUCGGGAGUGGCUCCCGGCCCUGCCAAGGACGCUUACUGCGACACUCCCGGCCGGCCACCAGCGCAGCCUGGGGCACUGGCAGCAUGGAGCUGAAGAGAGGAAAGACCUUCAUCAAAUCCAGCCUGCAGAUUUCCCAUGAGAAACCCCCAGACCCAGCAGCCACUGCUCCAGUCAGGGAGGAUGCAGGUCCCUGGUCAGACUCACCAGGAGGGCAACAGCGGCCCUACAGUGAGAGAGCCCCACAGGUUAGUCCCAACGCUCAAGGAUAUGACAGAUGCCCCAACAAGGGAGCGAAACCAGAACCCGAGGUGGGGGCUACAGCCUUCUGUGGGGCCACCUUCAAACUGGUACGAAAGAGCAAGACUCAUGACAGUGUGCCUGGGGCUGGCAGGGUGAGUGCCACCACAGGGCACCUGGUGGGCAGCGCGAGUUUCCCAGGACCCUCUAGCAGCCAGCGCAUGAUUGACUACCGCCACUUUGUGCCCCAGAUGCCCUUUGUGCCAGCUGUAGCCAAGAGCAUACCAAGGAAGAGGAUCUCCCUGAAACGACCUAAGAAGUGCUUUCGGAACCUAUUCCACAUUCGCAGAAACAAGACUGAGAACUUGGCCUCACUGGUAACCAAGAGGGAGAGCCUGUCCUCGCCUGGAGGCCCAUCAGAAGCUGGAGGGCAGACAGACACAGGCUUCUUUCCCUUUGGUGAAGGACUGGGGCCAGAUGGCCUAUGUCAAGACCUAUCUGACAGCGAGCUCCUGCCCGACUCUUCCUUUGACCUCUGUAGGGCCCUGUGUGAGGAUGUGGCCUCACUCAAGAGCUUUGACUCUCUCACAGGCUGUGGGGAGAUCUUUGCAGAUGAAAGUUCCGUGCCAUCCCUGGAACUGAACGAGGGCCUGGAGAGCCCAACUCAGGUAUCACAGGCCCUUGAAAACAAAGUUCUUAGGGGCCCCUUCCAGGGCAGCAUGGAACAGCUGGCAUCACCCGCCCAAAAUGAGAUGUCUGACUUUGCCAAGUUCUGGGACAGUGUGAAUCGCUCUGUGAGACAGCAGCAUAGCACCCUACUGGGCCCAUGGCUGGGGAGUCCCCAGGGGACAGAUACAGACCGACCCAGGCUGGAUACAGCUGGGCUUGCUGAGCUCCCUCUGUGUCCUUGCAGGGACCCCCACAGUGGCUCCAAAGCCAGCUCCAUAGACACAGGUACCCCCAAGAGUGAACAGCCAGAAUCUGUGUCCACAAGUGAUGAAGGCUACUAUGACUCUUUCUCACCCGGCCUCGAGGAGGAUAAGAAGGAGGGUUCGAGCCCAGGCACACCUGCAGCUGCCUUCCCCCGGGAUAGCUACAGUGGAGAUGCCCUCUAUGAGCUCUUCUAUGACCCCAGCGAGGGCCCUGUUGGCCCAAGCCUGGAUGAUGACCUUUGUGUGUCUGAGAGUCUGUCAGGGCCAGCACUAGGAGCACCACUGUCUAUGUGCAGCUUCCAUGUGGGGGCAGAGGAGAACUUGGCCCCAACACCAGGUCCAGACCUGCUCAGCCAGAGCUUUUUGCAAAGCUCCUGGAAGGGCAAAGAGUGUCUGCUAAAGCUCUGUGACACUGAGCUUGCCAUCACCAUGGGCAUUAUCAAUUGGCUUCGCCGUAGCCCUGAGCUCCGCACCCUGCCUGCCUCAGCCCCUGGGGAUACUGCAACCUCACCCAGGGGACAGACAGAGAAACUGGAAGCUGGCUCUGAGCAAAAGAGCCCAGGUCCAGUGAAGCUGGAGGGCAGGGGGCCUGGGGCUUCAGAUGCAGGUAGGACCAUUGUGGGCUCAGUACCCAGCAGGCGGGAGCUGUGGGCACAUUCGCUUACCAAGGGCCUACUUGCUGGAGAGAGCAAGGUCCUAGCAGGGCCUGAGCGGGUAACUAGCUCUCUGUCCAGGGACCCAUCUCUGGAGUGUGUGCAGGUCUCUGGGGAAGGAGGGACACAAGGCUGCUAUGAAGGCUUGUUCUCCCCUGUGGGGUCUGCAACCUCUGCAACAACAGACACUUGCAGCAAAAACAAAGUCCCAAACCUUUGGCCUAGCUCCCAGGAGCCCAGACCACCUGGGAAUCUGGAGUAUUUCCGAGGUUCUUGGAGGCCUGGUCCUGGGGAAAGCACCCUCGAUGUAGAGCCCACCCUGACAGGCUGUGCGGCCCAGGUUGCAGCCCUGCAGAUCCAACCAGACUGCCAGCCCCCUACUAAACAGCCCCCAAGGCAGGACAUGAGCAGUGGGCUCUGCAGGCAACCUCAAACCAGGGGCCCUGAAAUUCUGCUGCAGAAACAGCCUAACAGCUUCCCUAGCGUGGCAGUUUCAUGUGGCCUGCCCUCCCUGGGUAGUCCACUACACAGCUCACAGGACCAGAGGUGCCCAGGCCAUGUUCUUGACCUCAGCCAGCUCAGGGUGGAGCACACCAGGAUGGAUGCCCAGUCUCGUGCCUCUGUGGAGGACCAGCCCCUGUAGCUCAACUCAAGGGCUGUGGAGCAGGGGCACACAGGGGCCAGCUGGACUUAUAACCCCUCUUGGCCCUGCUACCCAGCUGAGACCCCGGGGCAAAUUGCCAGGAAUCCUGGACUUCACUUCCAAAAACCAGCACGAGUGAACCCCUUCUGCAAGUGUCCCAGAAAGCUUCCUGGACCAUAAGGGCCUCCCCUGAAACCAGCUGGAAGUAGGGGCCCUAAGCCAGCCAUGUUUGAGCCUCACGUGUAGCACAGACCCCCCAGUCACCAGGAACUGCAUCUUUGUGGCCACAUUCAAGAGGACUUAAGACCCAACUUUCCAUCUUUGUCCCUGAUGUAAGGACUAUUGGGGGGUAGGAGGUGGCAGGACACAAGCAAGUGGAGCAGAGCAUUUUAAUAUGGAGGCAUCUAUGCCUGAACCCACCAGCUCAGCCAGGCCAGAUACUGGGUAGCCUAAGGCCAAGGACAGCUGAAAAGCUGCCAUUGCUCUCAAAGUGUGCCUCGCUGAUUUCCCCACAGAGAAAUGAAGACUCAAAACCCAGUUGGCUGUGAAGUGGCCACACCUGGCUUCUCCUUAUACAGCAUGUCAUAGAGAGGAACUCAGGCUUGAAACUGAUGGGAAGAUAACAGAACAUCCUGUAAAUGGGAGGUAGAGGGAGCCAUGAAAUCUGCAUAGGGGGUUGAGAAUAAUAAUAAAUGUGUGAUCCAAGGCUUAGGGGUGGGAUGCAGAGAAUGGGAUACAGGCAGGAUAGGGGGCCACGGAUGAGCUCAGGAAUGCCCACUGGCCCCACACAAGCCUGAUCUCUACCUCCAGGACAAGCAGCCACAAUGUGCUGGGGCCCUGAAGGACUUCUCAUGGGAGUAAGAAGCAGGACAGGUCUCAUCUCAGUAAGAGCCUUGAAUCAACAGACACCAUGUGUUACUGUGCAACCUUGCCAGGGCUAGCCAAACCCUGAAGAUCCUGUGGGUGUUGGUGAGUUCUCAAUUACAAAUCAGCCCAAUAAUUUCCCUAAACUUUCACUCUCUAAAUGAAGCCAAGGGUGGCAAAAUAUUCUUAGGGAAGAAGUUGAUUGAUUCUUCGCAACUCUGCCAUUCUCAUCCCUCCACACUGUCAGCAUCCUUGCCUUCCCCUUCAGGAAAACUUACCUUGGAAUGAAGCUGCAACUCUCAUCUUCCCAAAAGCCACAACAACAUGCACAACACCAACUGUCCAGAAUCUUGGAGUGAAAGGUGGCCCACAUCUUCAGGAAGAACAGGUGUCAGGAUAUUGGGUACAGCAACAGACCACACAUCAAGGUUCUCUGUGAUAAGAUCCUACCUCACCUGACAUGCUGCAGUGAGAUGUAAAGGAUGGCCACCACAGAUAUGAACCUGUUUCUAGAGGAAAGGUCAUCAGAAAGGGAUAGGUUAAGUGGGGAUAGGGGAGAAAUGCCAACCAUAGGGAUGCAGUCUGAUAGCUGAUCACAGGCUGGGGCCUCUCCUGAUUGAGGCUUCAUUUCAGGAUAGAAAAUGCUCUGCCCUCAUUAACAACUGCUUACUGGAGCCUACUGUGUGCUCCUAUAGGCUGCUGACCAGGCCUAUCCAGACCCUGGACACUGAGGAAAAACAGGGCCAGUCUUCCUGGGAAAUCACACAUGAUGCUUCCUCUCAGGACCUCCACAAAUGAUUAGUGUUAUUGAACUGUGCUGGGAACAGGUUACAUGUGGAAUAGUUUGUCUCAUCCCUGCAUCAACCUGGAUAUAAUUGUUGUCAUCAUUUUUCAGAUAUGGAGACCAAGGCACAGAGUGCUGAUGUGACUUGCCCAUGGAUGCACACAGCUAGUGUGAGGGGUUGAUGGGGUUUGAAUCCCACACUUUGACUCCUAAGGCCCAGCUCUUCACGAGGCUCUAGAACUUCUCUUGCCGAGCUCCUGCAGCAAACACCUCUUUCAAAGCCUUCACUCCUCCCUUCUUUCAGGGCACAGAUGUCUGAGCACUGUCUGGGUGCCAGCCACAUGUCCCCCUGUAAGCAGGCUGAGUAUCUCAUUCAGUCAUGGCCCUUAUCACUUUGUACUGCACCUGAGCAGAGCAAGUGCUCAGUGCAUAUUUACUUGUUCAAAUAAUGAAUUAUCAAAAGGUU